AUGAAAUAUGAUGACACUUUGAUGUUAUACCGACAGCAAACGAGUGCUUUGGAGUCACAAGAGCGGGAAACAAGAGAAUUGCGGGAAAAACUUGUCGAAGAUGAGGAGCUUAUUGAAGAAUUACGGGAAAAAGUCAUUGAAGAUGACGAAUUGAUUGAGGAACUUCGCGCGAACUGUCAACGCGAAGAGAAAUGGAACCGAGAAAUGCAGCGAAAUUACGAGUGGGAACUGAGUACUAGCGCUGAGAAGGACGACCGCAUUGACGAGUUUCAAGACUGUCUGUGGGCGCGGGAGAAGUUGGUCCGAGAAUUACAACAACAAUUGGACUUCGAGGACAAGCGUUGUGAAGAAUUAUUAGAAAAACUUAUCGCUUCUCAGAGAGAGGCGGAAGAUUUCCAAGAAAUGUGUAAAGAUUCGAGGAAGAAAUUGGAAGAUUCUGAGGAAAGGAUUAAGGAAUUCUGUGAUCAGAAUGACCGAGAUGCGGUAACCAUUAGCAACCUGACGUCAGAGAAUAAACAGCUGAGAUCGGAGGUCGAUGGUCUGAUGAAAGUGCGGAGAACCUGGAGGAGGAUUUGGAGCGGGCGAACGGAUGUUUAG